CCCCGUAACAUAGAACUGCUCAACCGCUGUAGCUAGCUUCUUGUUACUUCCCGUGAUGAAUAUAAUCAUCUCUUGCUUCUUGAUAUAUCAAAUGUCAGUGCAUGUGAAUCACUCCUACCCUAUCUCUUUUUCUCCACAAGGAUUGCCAUUGGCUUCAUCGCUGGAUCGAUCAAUAAUUCAAGAACUUCUGCCCCACAGUUCCAAAAAGUUUCCUUCAAAUUUAGGACACCAAUCAUAUAUAUAUUAUGUACUAUAUAUAUAGUUCCUCUGAAAAGGGUUAAUAAUUAGGCAGUCAUCUGUGCACCUAGCUAUAUCCACACACUUCAGCCCUCAAAAUCCUAUUACAAUGUUUUGCCAUAGUCUUGUUAAGAUUGUCUUCCUCGUUUUCUUCUGCUUUGCAAACACUUGUUCGGGUGCAAGUGAUGAUUUCAUUAAAACCUCAUGUGGGGCUACAAGAUAUCCAGAUUUAUGUUACCAAACUCUAUCAGCUUAUGCUAGCAGCAUUCAAAAGAACCCUUUACAACUAGCCAAUGCAGCUCUAAAUGUGACCUUAGAAAGUGCUGAAUCCACCUCAAAUAGUGUACUAAAUAUGUUGAAAGCGCACAACCUGAGUCCUAAAGAAGCUGGUGCCAUUAGUGAUUGUGUGGAGAACAUGAAAGAUUCAGUUGAUGAGCUACGAGAAUCUUUAAUGACGAUGACAGAUCUUGAAGGCCCUGACUUUAACAUGAAAAUGAGCAACAUACAAACAUGGGUAAGUGCUGCACUGACAGAUGAGGAUACUUGUAUGGAUGGAUUUGAAGGGAAUGCCAUGAAUGGUAAAGUUAAAAAUACUAUAAGGAGCUAUAUAGAAAAAGUUGCUCAGUUGACUAGCAAUGCCUUAGCUCUCAUUAACAAGGUAGCCUAAUUAGUCACAAGUAGAAAAAUAAGUUCGAUUCAGAUUAAGUUGCUCUUCUUUUCUGAAAAUGCUGUGUAUAACUCAUUGUAAUGUACACAUUCAAUAAGCUUUUAGCUAUCUGUGAAUAGUUAUUAUGUUCUCAAUUGCUCAAGUGGGGGUAAGUAAUUUCAUUUC